AUGGACGGAGCCAGCGGCGUCAGUAGCGACGGAGAAGUCUCAUCCCAAUUACCGGCGCCGACACCGAUGCAAAACUCAAACUCGCCGCCUCCGUUUUUGAGCAAGACGUAUGACAUGGUGGAUGACCCUUCCAUUGACGCCGUAGUUUCAUGGAGCGUAACCAAUAACAGUUUUGUUGUUUGGGACCCACCGGAAUUCGCUAGGGACCUUUUGCCGAAGUACUUCAAACACAACAACUUCUCAAGCUUUGUUAGACAGUUGAAUACAUAUAGUGGAUUUCAAUAUACUAAUGCUUUUGUUGGUUUAGCUUUGCCUGGAGAAGCAGGAUCAUGGCAGAGAGAAAGUAAAAGUUAUCAAUUUUGGACUCGAGCAAAUGCAAAGGGAUACUUCAAAAUAACUAAUAUUGUGCCAGGAAACUAUAGUUUGUAUGGUUGGGUCCCUGGAUUCAUUGGUGAUUAUAAAUCUAAUUCUACAAUCACCAUCACCCCUGGAGGAGUCAUAAACUUGAAUUCACUUGUAUACAAUCCUCCAAGAAAUGGACCAACCAUUUGGGAAAUCGGAUUCCCAGAUCGAUUGGCUUUAGAAUUUCACAGACAAGUUUAG